AUGGACUGGAUAUUGGCCCCAGGGAGCAUCGGAUACAACGUGGUGGGCAUCAGGCAGUGGCAGCGCAUCAAGCCAAGGCGACCCAAUAUGGUGGUCUCAAGCAUCGAUGCCGACUCCAGCAUCCACGCCGACGCCACCAUCCACGCCGACGCCAGCAUCCUUGUCGACACCAGCAUCCUUACCGACGUGGCCACCUAUGCCUCCACCCGCACACCGGCGACACCGGCAACCACGGCACGGGUACCACUUCCCAGUCAGUUUUCAGAGGACCCGGACCAUUAUGAUACGAACCUCGUAUUCAAAGCAACUUUGAAGAGGACCAUAGAGCCCACGGCUUGGAGCCGUGCCAAAGGACUUGCAGGCAUGGACAUCCGCGAUGUCACCGUUGCACAUCUUUGCAGACAUGGCAUGGAGGAAUUUGGACUUCGAGGACUUUCCCACGGCAAGUUCACCGGCAUGAUUUUGACCCGCAACAUCGCCGAGAGCGUCUUCCUCUCCCAGCUUCAAAAGAAGCUCCGCGAGAACAACAUCGACGUCGAUGCCACCGUCGACGCCCUCUACAAAAGCAAAGGACAAAAAGCCCCUGACAAGGUGAAAGAGGCCAUUAACUUUGUCACACCCCUCGUCGACACCAUCCUUGACGCCAUCAAACCUUGGGCACAGGUACGCAACUAUGCCACCAAGAACACCGACGGCGACAACCAAGCAGCUCAGCGCAUGCAGGCCCUGGAGGAGCAGACCGCAAAGUACAAACAACGCCUGCGCAGCGCCGGCAUCGAGGUCACCCCCCAGAAGUCCCUACCGCUGCAGAAUGAGCCAACAGAUGGUCCAGAAACAACAGCGGCACCACCAAAGCGCAGACGCCUUACAAAGGGAGCUGUCAAGCAGCGCAACGAGGACAUCCUCGCCGAGCCCCACAACGUAAUCCGUGCCAGUGGACAGGAGCCACCGACAAGUAUGACCUCGAUUGCAACUUGGGUCACCAAUCUCAAGAAGAACCUCCCCCGAGAAAAGCACGCGGAAGUGGACAGUCACAUACAGUCCGUGCAGACCAUCCUCGAAGGCGCUAAGUACACCAAGGCAGAGCUACAGGAGAUGGCGACACGAUGGGGACUCCCCAUUUCUCUCACUACAGCGCCAAAGGCUUCGCCCAAGAACCUUCAGCAGCUGAUCGCGGCCGUCACCUACCUCGCCGUGUGA